GGGGGGGGGGGGACAGGUCCAGUGGCCAUUGAUGAAGUGCUGGCUGUGCAGAGUCCGAACCCGGGGUGGACCGCUCGCCUGUGCAUCGUUUGGGGACAUCUCUGCGCUGCUGACUUGUCUCCGCUCGGGAUGGUCUCCUGCUGGCCCCACUGUGGACUGGACUCUCACUAAUUUGUUGGAUCCACUAUGGACUCUACUCUCACUAUUAUGUUGGAUCCACUAUGGACUGGACUCUCACUAAUUUGUUGGAUCCACUAUGGACUGGACUCUCACUAUUAUGUUAGAUCUACUAUGGACUGGACUCUCAGUAUUAUGUUAGAUCAACCAUGGACUGGACUCUCACUAUUAUGUUAGAUCCACUAUGGACUGGACUCUCACUAUUAUGUUAGAUCCACUAUGGACUGGACUCUCACUAAUUUGUUAGAUCCACUAUGGACUGAACUCUCACUAUUAUGUUAGAUCCACUAUGGACUGGACUCUCACUAUUAUGUUGGAUCCACUAUGGACUGGACUUUCACAAUAUUAUGCUUUGCCCACUCAACAUCCAUUGCAUCAGUCUCCCUAGAGCAGUGGUUUUCAACCUUUUUUUGGUGAUGUACCCCCUGUGAACAUGUUUUUAAUUCAAGUUUCCCCUAAUCAAAGCAAAGCAUUUAUAGUUGAAAAAAAGAGAUAAAGAAGUAAAAUACAGCACUAUGUCAUCAGUUUCUGAUUUGUUAAAUUGUAUAACAGUACAAAAUAUUGCUCAUUUGUAGUGGUCGUUCUUAAACUAUUUGAAAAAAAAAGAUAUAAAAAUAACUAAAAACUUGUUGAAAAAUAAACAAGUGAUUCAAUUAUAGAUAAAGAUUUCUACACAUAGGAGUAAUAAUCAACUUAAAUUGCCCUCUUUGGGGAUUGUAAUAGAGAUCCAUCUGGAUUCAUGAACUUAAUUCUAAACAUUUCUUCACACAAAAAGAAAUCUUCAACAUCAAUAUUUACGGAACAUGUCCACAAAAAAUCUAGCUGUCAACACUGAAUAUUGCAUUGUUGCAUUUUUUUUUACAGUUCAUGAACUUAAAUUCAGAUUUUGUUGAAGUAAUAUUCAAUAAAUAUAUUUAUAAAGGAUUUUUGAAUUGUUUCUAUUUUUAGAAUAUUUUAAAAAAAUCUUACGUACCCCUUGGCAUACUUUCAAGUACCCCCAGGGGUACGCGUACCCCCAUUUGAGAACCACUGCCCUAGAGGAGAGGUGGGGUUGAGUUUUUCCUUGCUCUGAUGUGGGAUCUGAACCGAGGAUGUAGUUGUGGCUUGUGCAGCCCUUUGAGACACUUGUGAUUUAGGGCUAUAUAAAUAAACAUUGAUUGAUUAAUUUUUAACCAGCUAUACGUUUAUGUUGUUUGCAUAUUUAUUGCAAGUGGUAAAUAAUGUUUGUUUAUAAAUAGUUAUUUUUUAAUUUAUCUUUAGCUCUCAUUUUGAGCAGUAUCCGUAUUGCCGCACGAUGGCAGCAGUGUAACGUCGUGGCGCAUUUAGGCACCAUAAAAAUCAACCGAAGAAGAAAAAGGCGGAAGUUAGCAACGGGUCAAAAAAAAAAGGCAAAUUACCGAUUGAAGCUAGAAUCUCUUCCUUAAGGACGAGUGUAACCGACUGAAAAAAAAAUAAUUCAAAAUGUUCAAGGAGUUUAUAAAGGAGCGACUAAUGGUAGCAGCCGAUGAGAUAAUCGCGCUGUUUGAAAGAACGAUAGUGUCGUACGAGGAAGAACUUUCUCGAACAAAAGAGAAUGAGCGACAUCGACAGCAGCUGGAAGCUUUUAGCAAGACUCAAGCUGUCCUACACGACGAAGACGUCCAGAAGCACGUUAAAGAGGAAGAUGAGGAACAGUGGGUCACUCAGGAGAGAGAGUGUCAUCUCGGGCCGGAGGAAGCUGAUCUCGCCAAGUUGCCACUGACCGUUGUCUCUGUGAAGGCGGAAGUGGAAGAGAAACCGCAAGCAGGCAACUUUUUAGCUCCGCUAUCAGAUCACGACGAGGCAACGUCACACUCUCCUGUGGAUGAAGACAGGGAUGACACCCAGGAACGUUUGAGCAGCGAUACAGACUGUGAAGGUGAUAAGAGGACUAACACUAACAACAAACACUCUGAAAGGGAGACCAGGAAAGAACAUUUCACCUGCCCGGUUUGUGCCAAGGGCUUUUAUAAAAAGAGCGCUUUCACGCGACACAUGCGAACGCACACGGGCGAAAAACCCUUCAGUUGCUCAGUUUGUGAUAAAAGAUUCUCCCAAAAGGUAAACAUGGACGCACACAUGAGGACGCACACGGGAGAAAAACCCUUCAGGUGCUCACUUUGCGACAAAAGAUUCUCUCACAAUAAAAGUGUGAUAUCGCACAUGAGAUCGCACACGGGCGAAAAGCCUUUCAGUUGCUCCAUUUGCGGUAAAAACUUUUCCUAUAGAUACAGUUUGACCCAACACUUGCGCAAACACACAGGAGAAAAACCUUUUCGAUGUCUAAUCUGCGGUAAAAGCUAUUUCCAAAAGAAAAGUCUGACAACGCACAUGAUGUUACACGAGGGACAAUACAGCUUUUCCUGAUCAGUUUCUCCACCAAGCACAAAGUCAAUGUAUUGCUUGAGGAUCACAUACUAAUUUCCUUCAAGCACAUAUUUAAUCAUUUUGAACUUUUACUCAAAACAUUUUGUCCAUUCUGUCUUUCUCUAACACAAUAAACCUACUAGAAAGUGUAGAAUUGUUGAUCUUCUUGUAAGGGGGUUAUCUGCCUAUGAAAUACUUUUGGAGCGCUCUACAGCAGAACGGAAGAAUCUGGUCUGAGUGGGCGGACUUAACUGGUCUUUUCCGGACCAUCACCUGCAAACAAUCACCCGUGACAAUCUUAAAAAGGCUCUAAAAAUAUGAUCAAGCAAAAAGCAAGGUCAUUGCAUUAAAAUAGUAAAACACAGAACUGAUGGCGGACAUUCGCAAGACUGCAAGUGCGACCUGACAAUUGCAAGAUUAUAUAUAAAUUCAAGUUUUAAGAAAGACAUGAACGAUAUUAGUUUGAUGACAUUGUUUAAGGGCUUAAAGAAGGACAUUAGUUAGUCUUAUGAACACAAUCCAACGACAUGUUAAUCGUUCAGUGGAAUGCCGAAAGUUUAAUCGCAAACAGACAGGAGUUAAAGGGAUUUAUUAAUGAUAUGAAAACUAAACCACAUAUGGUUUAGUUGGGUUCUUCGGACCACUACACACUGCCAGGAGAGCCCUGAAUUCAGGGUAUAACACUGUUUUAUUUUCAUCAAUCGUGCAAGGCUUUUGCUUUUCAGAAAAAUGUAUCUUUCUGAAUUUGUGUCUCUCUCUCUCUGUUUGUCUCCCACUCCAACUCCGUGUCUCAUCCCGGCUGCUGCUAAUAAAAGCGACAGGUGACUAGAUAACCAGGCCCACCUGGGCCAUCUACGCACCUGUCGCUAUCUUCGAGGCCGGUCCUGGCACUCUCCAUUCCGCAUCAGGCCCCCAGGCCAUGCCUCCCUCCAAAAAUAUGCAUUCAAAAAACAUGGCUGAAGCCAAAACUGAACCUUAUAAUAAAAGGCUAUAUAACAAUCCGUAUUUAUAUGGAUGAUGGGCAAGGAGGGGCUGUGCCAUAUUUAUUACAGAAGACAUGCAUUAUACAAUAUUAAAAGUUACACAAGAAAUAUAAAUAUGGCAUAAUAAAGAAAAGUAUAAAGUCCUAAACUUCUAUAAUCCAUGCAAGAAAUUACACAUACAUCAAUUAGAAACAAUAGUUGAGCACUGGAGUGGCAAUAUCAUUUGGUGUAGUGACUUUAAUGCACAUCGCACAGUGUGGGGUGGAAGAGAUGACUGGAAUGGGGAAACAUUGGAAGAAUUUUUUGGUGGAAAAAUAAUUGGUGUGUGUGAAUGAUGAACACGGUUAGAUGGUACGGGUAAAGAAACAGCAAUAGAUUUAACAUUAGUGUCACAAGGGUUAGCAGGAAAGGUGGAGUGGGAAGUAAAUAAAGACAACCCUACUGGAAGUGAUCACUACCCAAUUUUCAUUCACAUAAACAUUAACCAAAUGACAGAAAGCACUAAGAAAAACAGGAAGAUGGAAGUAUACGCGUGGUGACUGGAGACAAUUUAGGGAAAUUACAGACAUGACAAUAAAGAAAAUGGAUAUUAAUCAAGAUAUUACAAAGUGCAUAAUGGAAGCAGCCAAACAGAGCAUACCAAGGAGUAGAAUAGGGAAAAGAAGGAAGAUAUUGCAGUGGUGGACAAAAGCGUGCAAUAAAAGAACGGAAUGGAGCAUUUUGAAUAUUAAAAACACAUAAUUUUCAAGAUAUGUGUCAUGUCUUAUGAUUAUGUUUUGUUUAGUUAUGUUCUGUUUUGUUUAAGACUCCUUUAGUUCCUGUUUGUGCACCCUCCUGAGUUUGUUUUG